AUGGCGCCGCCCAUGAGGAGGAGCUCUUCCAAGGCCACGGUGGUGUCCCGCCUCGCCCUCGCCGCCGCCGUCCUCUUGCUCACAGCGUGCGGCGGCAACGGUGCAGCGGCGUUCAACUACGCGGACGCGCUGGACAAGGCGCUGCUCUUCUUCCAGGCGCAGCGGUCGGGCAAGCUCCCGGCGGGGCAGCAGCGCGUGACGUGGCGCGGCGACUCCGGCCUGUCGGACGGCUCCGCGGCAGGGGUGGACCUGGCCGGCGGCUACUACGACGCCGGGGACAACGUCAAGUUCGGCCUGCCCAUGGCCUUCACCGUCACCAUGCUCUCCUGGAGCGUCCUCGAGUUCAUGCCCGGCGUCAGCGCCAGCGCCGGCAAGGCCGCCGUGCGCUGGGGCGCCGACUACCUGCUCAAGGCGGCCGCGGCGGCUCCCCACGCGCUGUACGUGCAGGUGGCCGACCCGAACCGUGACCACCAGUGCUGGGAGCGGCCCGAGGACAUGGACACCCCGCGCGACGUGUACAAGGUCACGCCUGAUAAGCCUGGCUCCGACGUCGCCGGCGAGACCGCCGCCGCGCUCGCCGCCGCGUCUCUCGUGUUCCGGACCUGUGACCCCGCUUACUCCGCCAAGCUGCUGCAGACUGCUCAGAAGGUGUUCGAUUUCGCGGACCGGUUCAGGGGCUCGUACAGCGACUCGCUCAGCUCCGUGGCCUGCCCGUUCUACUGCUCCUACUCUGGCUAUCAUGACGAGCUGCUGUGGGCGGCGGCGUGGCUGCACAUGGCGACGGCGGCGACGUCGCAGGCCGGCAACUCAUCGGACGUGUACCUGUCGUACAUCUACUCCAACGGGCACAACCUGGGCGCGGAGCAGGACGACUUCACCUUCAGCUGGGACGACAAGCGCGUGGGCACCAAGGUCCUCCUCUCCAAGGCCUUCCUGCAGGGCAUCGGCAAGGGCAAGUCCGACGACGCGCUGCGGCUCUACAAGGCGCACGCCGACACCUACGUGUGCUCGCUCGUGCCGGGCGCCGCCGGCUUCCAGCAGUCGCAGUUCACGCCUGGGGGACUCCUGUUCCAGGAAGGCGACAGCAACAUGCAGUACGUCACAUCCACGGCGUUCCUCCUCCUCGCGUACGCCAACUCCCUCGCGUCCGCCGGCGGCGGAGUGCAGGUCUCGUGCGGCGGCGGCGUGGUGCCGGCGUCCGCGCUGGUGGCCGUCGCCAAGCGGCAGGUGGACUACAUCCUGGGCGCCAACCCGGCGCGGAUGUCCUACAUGGUCGGGUUCGGUGCGCGGUACCCGCGGCACGUGCACCACCGCGGCGCGUCCAUGCCGUCGGUGCGUGAUCACCCCAAGCGCAUCGCCUGCGACGAGGGGUUCCGGUACCUGCACUCGGCGGAUCCCGACGCCAACGUGCUGGUCGGCGCCGUCGUCGGCGGGCCUGACGGCAGCGACGCCUUCACCGACAGCCGCGACAACUUCGCACAGACUGAGCCUUCCACCUACACCAACGCGCCGCUCGUCGGCGCGCUCGCCUUCUUCGCCGCCGGCCGCCACCGCUGA